GUAGAAACCUUGAACCAAACAAGCCAUUUUCACAUGCGUACAAGCUCCGGGCUGAGGAGGCGGGGAUUAGGAGUUGCACAAAGAGACCAAGUUCUUUAAAAAGACGCACCUCAUCACAAUCCACCCUUCCAUCAUGGCGAGCAACCCUUUCGUCCAGCCGUUUGAAAAGGGACAGUGGAGCGAAGGAGAGGAGCUUGAGCAAGAGGACUGUCGUGUUGACAGCGGUCCGCAGGCGAGGGCGGUAGUUACUGGCGGGGAUGCAGCUGCUGCAGCCGAAAGCUGGCGAGCCGAGGUGAAGCAGCCGCUGGUGCCAGACUCCAGGGGACAGCCUGUUACCAAGGCAACUGCAUCCGCAGUUGGGCAUCCUUUCCUGAAUCAGAAUCUGGCUGACAAAGAAGUUACAGAAGGAAUGCGUAUUAGCUCAACAGGUUUUGAAGAGUUUAAUCCAGAUGUGUUCGCAGCAAGAGGAAUUUCAAGCUUUGAGCCUCAUUGUAUGUUCAGCUCAGAUUCAGGAAUAGAGAUGACACCUGGGGACACUAUUGAUUUGGCCAAAACCUUUGUGGAUCCCAUAAGGUCAGAGAAGGUAGAGGUCCAAAACUAUAUUGAUCUAUGCCAUUCUGGUGAAUCAAAAGCUCAGAAUUUAGACAAGGCAUACUGGGAAGAAAAGAUGAUACCUUUUGUAGAUGACAUUCGAGAUGACACAGAAGCCUCCUCUGAAAUUAUGAAAAAGUCAACAGAGGAGGCAAAAUUAAUAGAAGAAAUAAGCCCUAGCUUGAGCCCUGAGGAACCAACAACAGCGCCGUAUGUGGAAGAGCCUUCAGAUGAAGAUAUUUCAGAGAAGUGGGAAAUGGGGGACACCCAGCAGAGUAGUCGCAUGACUGCUACAUGCUCAGUGGCAGCCCAAGUUAUGCUCACUGAGAUAGAAACCAUAGUAGAUCCCAAUAGUGGGAGCAAAUCACAGCAUGAACAAGAGACUAAACCAAAGCAAGGAUCUGACCUAGUACCAACUGUGACUGUAUCAGAACCUGAUGACGACAGCCCAAUCUCACAAACACCUACUCCCUCAAGUUCAGAAGAAUCUGAUUCGCAGAUUGAAGCUGCUUACCAUUUUCUGGAGGACGAACAUCCCUCUACUCACAAGACUUCAGAGCAAGCGCAGUGUUUUACUUCAAAUGCCUCAGCUGAAAAGACAUCCACAAGCGAUACCUUAGUGAAACUAGAUGAGUUUGAACAGAAUUUGCCUCAACUUCCGACAACAACCUUGGACCUUGAUGCCAGCAGUGCUGAAUCUGGAGAUUCUGAAAUCGAGGUAGUGCCAGAUGAGUUGCUCUCAGUUGAAGAAGCUGAAGCUUGCAGCUAUAUGACAUUCAGACAGGUUGCUGGAGCUCCAUCUUCUUCUGUUUCUUCAGUCCAGUACAGCAUUCUGAGGGAGGAGCGUGAAGCUGAGCUUGACAGCGAGCUUAUCAUAGAUCCAUAUGAUGCCUCAUCAGCAUCUGAAGAAAGUGUCCAAAGGGAACAAGACUCCCCAUUGAAAAUUGAUAUUAUGGGAAGAGGAUCUGACGAGAAGGUCUUAAAAAUGGACGCACAGCAAGAAUCCGAUUGCCAAUUGAGUCAAUCAGUUGAGUAUGCCCAAGUUUUCGAAGGUACAAAUGGAAAAGAUACAGCCACAACUGAAGCCCCCAGCCCUCCAAAUUACUCAGCAUCCUUCGUUACACCUGAGGUUGUGGUUGAAGAGUUAUAUCCUGAGGAAGUCUCGGAAGAAACAGCAAGAAAAAUAGCUGCUAGCAAAUCCACAGAUGCAGACAAGGCAAGAAAGGAUUUAUGGAGCAGCCAGCCCAUUCCAUCGGAUCCGUUUCUGCUGGUAUUAAAUAAGAAAACAGUUAUUGACCUGCUGUACUGGCAUGACAUCAAACAGACGGGAAUUGUCUUUGGAAGUGUGCUUCUCCUGUUAUUUUCACUGACCCAGUUCAGUGUUGUGAGUGUGAUUGCCUAUCUGGCACUUGCUGCACUUUCAGCAACAAUCAGCUUCAGAAUUUAUAAGUCAGUGUUACAGGCGGUGCAGAAGACCGAUGAAGGACAUCCUUUUAAAUCUUACUUGGAUUUGGAUUCUACCCUCUCUGAAGAGCAGAUUCAAAAGUAUGCCGAUUCUGCGCUGGUGUAUGUAAACAGUACGGUCAAAGAACUGCGACGGCUGUUCCUUGUGCAGGACCUUGUGGAUUCCCUGAAAUUUGCAGUCCUGAUGUGGCUGCUGACCUAUGUUGGAGCUAUCUUCAAUGGCUUGACUUUGAUGAUUAUGGCUGUUGUUUCUAUGUUUACCUUGCCUGUUGUAUAUGAAAAAUACCAGGCACAGAUUGACCAGUAUUUGGGACUGGUGAGGACUCACGUUAACUCUGUAGUGGCAAAGAUUCAAGCCAAAAUCCCAGGUGCCAAAAGAAAGACCGAGUAAGAGGAACAGGAAGGGAGACUGUGGGCACGAGAGAGGGUGCCUGAAGCAGAAGCAGUUCUGUAUUUGUCAAAUUAAUUCGACAUGCCUUGGAGAGUUGUUGUCCCAUUUGUCAGCAUCAUGAUUUUAGAAACGUGCAGCACGAGACAGUCCUCCUCCCUGCUGUUUCCAAAUGGUUAGAAUAUCUGCAAUCACUUGUGUUGAUCACUAAGUAUAGUAAGAAAAAUUAAGUAACAAUAAUUGUAAUAGAUGUGUUUUUGUGUUGCUUCUAAACAAAUGCAUGACAUUAAGAGUCUUAAUUCCAUUUACCUUUCUAGUGUUUUCUGCUGCUAUGGCAGUGCUUAUAACUUUUAAUGUUACUUGUGGCUAGGGCAUUUCUGCUUUAGUGCACUUCUGCAAUAGUCUAAUUGCUCCAAAGUCACUAAGUCAGUUUUGGCUUUAUUGAGUAAAACAAUAGAACAGUGGAUUGAUGUUUUGGUGUUUAUCCAGCACAAAAGUUCUAAGGAUUCUGUACUGUUAUUGUGGCAUCUGGUUUUGUAAACUAAAGAAAUAUAAAGCUCAUGUUUUUCGAACGAUUGUCAUACUAUUAAAGGAGUAUGGAAACAUGA